GAUCCGUACACACAGACACACACAAAAAAUCAGUCAGAAAUGGAGAAAGAACAAAGGAGGAGGAAGAUAAUCUCUCGAGGAACGGAUCGCAUGGCUCUGAUAACGGGCCGGAUCCAGAGCCUCGACCCGGAUCCGUUUUCCAAAUCCUCUUCAUUUACCACCCCUCGCCGCGAUAACCCACCCGCCCAGCACGCCCGCUCCUCAUCCGAACCCGGCGAAGCCCUCUUCCAAGUCGAUCAUUCUAACGGUGGAGAUGAAGUGGCCGAUACAGUAACGAGAAAUCAUAACGAGGAGGAAAUUUCUGAAGUAUAUAAUCCAGGAAGCAGUGUUUCUUACCUGCAGAAAAUGGAAGAAAAACGAUCGCCCCCCUCAACAGUAAAUCCAAAUUCACCCCAAAAAUCAUUGGGAUAUUUUCUCAGUUCAAUAACACUCAACGAAAUAAAUUUCACCAUAAUUUCCUCGGAAGACACACGUGUUAUAUGUGCUAUCGUUUUAGCAUUUCUGGUAGUUUUAUCUCAUAUUAAUCUUCCCCAAAACGUGGCAAAGCGGAAGAGCCUUAUCGUUUACAGGCCCCUUCUCGUAGUUCUGCUAACUGAUUUAUUCAUAGUGGCUAGAAGAUUGGCCCCUUUUGCACAAAUAAAGAAAGAAGAUAAAAAUCCAAGAAUCGAGGAAGAUGGAGAUAAUUGGGGCGGAGCUUUUAAGCUGUUGGAAUUGGGAUUAGUGUUGCACCAGACGAUUCGUGCUAUCUUCAUAGACUGCAGUUUUUACUUGGUGAUUGUUGUUUGCGGCCUUUCUCUUAUGCAUAGACCGUGAGAAGUUAUUUACGGUGCGCUACCGGAGAUCAGAAAUAAGCAAUGGGGACCAACUACGAAUCAGUUGAUUCAGAAGAAAACGUAAAUGUGAAAGUUGAUACACGAUUUAAUAACCUCCCUUGUCUAGUUUUAGGUGUUAGAUUUUGACUAGUAUCGAGAUAGUUUUAUCUAGGUAAAAAACAAUGCAAAUUACUGUGAUACUGUCAGUUACAUAUUUCGGUUUUUUCGGUGAUCGAUUCUGAUAAAGAUGUUGAAUACUUAGAUAAAAAAAAUUAAUGUAUCUUUUCAUAUAUUGGUUUGGAAAUAGAGAUAAAAUCCAUUUGUGAUUUUUUUGUAGCUGAUGGAACAAAUGAAAAUUGGAACGUAAUUUAUG